GUUGUAUUGAUACAUUGAAGCACAAAACUAGUUAAAAUGAACCGAAAUUCUGCGUCGUCAUAUACUGUAUAAUAAGACGCUUUUAAAAUGAGACAUGAUAUUACUAGUGUGUUGAAAAAUCCAUUGAUUUCGUAUUAUAAUAUAUUUGACUCUGAAAAGAUAGCAGAGUUUGCGGCUAUUGCCCCAGCCCCAUCCAAAGAUUUUUACCAUCUAUUAAUAACACCAACUAAAUUCAAAUUGAGAUGGUGGAAGAUUACAUCAAGAAAUGAUGGGGCAAAGUUUCAUCCAGGUGAAAGUGUGGCAACUUAUGAGGAAUUCGAACAAGACGAUCGGAUGCAUAAUGAAAUACUCAGGGUUAUGGGCCAUAAAACACUAGACUACUGUCUGAACAUAUGUGCUGGGAAGCUGGAUUAUUUAGUCAGAAUACCAAACAAAAUUCUAGUGAAGAUAAUUUUUUAUCUAAAUCUGGAGGAUGUGAUUAAUUUAGGGACUACAUCAAGACACUUUAAUGAGAUUUGUAAUAGCGAUUCAUUAUGGCGUGAGAUCUAUGUUAACACAACAUUAAGUCAGCCAAGUAGACCUGUUGAAGAGUUAGCAAAACUAUUCGGAUGGAAAAAGCUUCUAUUCACAAGCAAAUUACACCUUCAGAUGCAGUUACGUCGUUUAACCUUGGAAGAAAGUGACAACAAUGAAAAUAUACGAACAAAUGUUCCCCAUGAUCCUGGAUUGUAUUUAGUUGGCUAUGUUUCAUGCGACUAAUUUAUUGAAGCUUGUUAAGUCGCAGACGGUGCUUUAUGCAAAGAGGUUUUUAUUAGUAUAGAUAGUUAUGAAGACAUUUCAACCUAGAGAUAGUCUAUAUCAUGUAGUAAUUUAAGUUAGGUAAUCAUUAGACUCCAGGAGAAUAUAAAGAUGAAUUUCAAGUUGAACAAUAAUUAUAAAGUUUCACGUUCAUAAUAAAUAUAUACUCACGAGUGCUUACUUGUGAAUCACCUUACCAAAACUUUAGUAACAUAUUGUGACCAUCUAGAUCUAGACACUCAUUGCAAAUGUGAUGCACUCAUUAUCGUGAGCAAAAGAUGAUCGUUUUGAAUAUAUAUAUAUAUAUAUAA